AUGUUUUACAGCUCCUGUUCCUUAAUAUUGGCCUUGGCCCUGGCUAUUGGGUCCCAACAUUCAAGCGCUUCGGCUGGCGUCCAAUACCCCCUUGCAACAAACCCAGAAUUAACAUUGGAUGGAGUUCCAUUUGCUAUAAGGGCCUAUUGGAUGCGCAGAGCCAACCAAGCACUGUCUGACCUGGGUUCUCCGUGUCCCUUCGCUGCAUUCGGAACCGUUAUCGUGAACCAUACUAAGCAGGGAGAAUUGGGAGACCUGAUUUGCAUUGGUGUAAAUGAGAAUAGUAAAACUGGGAACCCGACAUCACACGGUAAACUCCCAUUUCUGUUCUCAAACACUUGUAUUGACCCUGAACCAGCGUUUGGGAUUCCGUCCGCCCCUCUGGAGCAAACAAGAGCGAUGCAGAUUUUCAUAUCCAUCUGUCUGUUUUUGGGAUCCACACUUAUUCAAUUACCCUUUCAACGCACAGGUGAAAUUGCUGCCAUAACCAACUGCACCAAAGUCCUAACACACAAAAGUGGUCGAUUCAAAAUGACUCCUUCCCAAGCGCUAAAUGCCUUCAAGGAGCUUACUCUCUAUACUAAUGCCGAAAGCUGUUCAAUGUGUACAUCCGCCAUUCGCUGGGCAGGGUUCAAAGAAUACGUCUACGGAUCAUCGAUCGAAUCGCUGAUCCGGAAAGGAUGGAGCCAGAUUCGCAUUUCAUCGCAGGAGAUAAUUGAGCGAUCAUACGACCUGCCCUCGUCGACCAUUCUCAUUGGGGAGAUCUUAGCUAACGAGACUGACCCGUAUUUUGCAUGGCAGUAUGACCCAUCUGCUCCGUGUCCGGCGGGGUGUAGCAGGUCUGGACCCAGAAUGAGUUGUAGAAAGUCUGCACGCCGCGACUAA